UUAAACCGGAUUCGGCGCAGAAUAAUUUCUCCUAUUUCGUUCGGCUUUGUUCCUUUGCACGAGUGUAGAAUUUUUCACGAGUUCUUCUUCGUCGCCGUUCGACUUUGCUCCUUCGACGACAUUACCUUCCUGUUCUGUUGGAUCGGAAGUUACGACAUUUUUUUAUCUGAAGCAACAACGGGAGCUAGCUUGCUGUGAAGGUAACUUUCUCCCUUUCGCGCGCUUCUUCGUCCAAAUCCCGUAAAUCCGCCGAACCAAAGGAUUUCGUAAAUCCGGGAUUUACCACGAAAAGAGGGGAUUUUCCGUCAACCGCGGCUUUGAUCUACCGUGAGAUUUGAUUUUGCGUUUUAGGCCGUUUGGCUGGAUUUCGCCUAAAUCCGGCCUAAAUCCGCAUACCAAACAGCCCCUAAAUGUCUGAUAUUUUCUCUUCAUGGUAGAUCGUUGUCCGAUCAUUUCCAAGUUUUGUUGUUUGGUUCCAUCCUACAACUUGCCCGUCAAAUUUCGAGUCGCAUGCCUUGAAUGAUCUAAGGGAAGGGGUCCGGAUCCGUGAGAACCAAUCUUGAAGCGGCCUUAGAAUGGCCUGGCUUGGGAAGGUUUCUUUGGGCGGCUUCCCGGAUCUAGCUGGGGCGGUGACAAAGCUUAGCGAGAGCGUGAAGAAUAUCGAGAAGAAUUUCGAUAGCGCUCUUGGCUUGGAAGAGAAAUCUGACACUAGUGAAGCAGCAGCUUCUAGAAUAUGGCCUUCAGCUGUCGACAGGAAAGCACUUUUCGACCCAGUCAUGGCUUUCAUGGGGAAUAGGGGAGAUGAGCCGCGGAAUCGAGGAGAUGGUGGUACUGUUGAAGUAUCAGAAAAAGUGAAAUCUUCAGAACAUCUUGCAUCUGAAGAAAAGCAGGAUGACCUUCCUGGUGAAGUGUCACCAGUAACUAAGGCUGAAACUGAGGUUCUUCUAGAGAAGGAAAACCUGAUUUCAGAAACUAUGGGGAGAAAUGACUUUGAGUCUUCCUUGAGCUCAUUGAGCAUGACUCUGGGGCCAGACAAAGGUGAAGCAAAACCUGAGUCAAAUAUCGUACAAGCUGAAGAAGACUUGGCAGAUCUCAAAAAGCAGGAUCUUUCAUCUCAAGAGCAGACACAUAGCAAUGAAAAGGAGUUGGUUUCUAUUGUUGGAUCACAGUCUGGUGAAAUUAUCCAGGAAAGUUCUGCUGAUACAGAACUAGAUAUUGUUUUGACAACUCCUGAUAGUUCCCAUGAUGCAGUUAAUUCUCAAAAAAUGCAUGACAAGCAGGAGACAGAAGAAAGCAUGCUUCGUAUUGGUUCUCCAGAACAUCAUGAUACUCAAGAUAGUGGACAAUCAAGUCUUGAGGGAGAAUCUCCAGGUUCAAUUCGCCCAAAUAUCUCCAUGAUCAAGGAUUUAAGUGAAGUUUCCUAUGGAGAAUCUUCUAGUUCACAGAGUUUGUUGCAGGAUCCAGCCAAAGUAUUACCUGAUUCCAGUGCUUCCAAUGAGUUGAUGGAAGUAGGUUCUCAAAUGAAGAUUUCUGAAGAUAGUAAGGAAACAAACUAUAGGAGUAUGACAGCAGGUCUCUCAGAUUCUAGAAAUCUUUUGGCUGAACUGGAAAAAGUAAAGAAAGAAAGGGAAAUGAUGGAAGCUGCCCUGCAAGGAGCUGCUAGACAAGCCCAGGCCAAAGCUGAUGAAAUUGCCAAACUUAUGAAUGAAAAUGAGCUUUUGAAGUCUACGGUUGAGGAGUUGAAGAGAAAAUCAGCAGAGGCAGAUAUUGAUGCCCUUCGUGAUGAAUACCAUCAAAGAGUCGCUGCGCUUGAGAGAAAGGUCUACUCUCUUACUAGGGAGAAGGAUACAUUAAGAAGAGAACAAAACAAAAGAAGUGACGCAGCUGCUCUCCUGAAAGAGAAAGAUGAAAUAAUCACUCAAGUUAUGGCUGAAGGUGAAGAGCUAUCUAAAAAGCAAGCAGCUCAGGAAUCAACAAUCAGAAAGUUGAGGGCACAGAUAAGAGAGAUGGAAGAGGAAAAACAGAAGAUUAACUCUAAGCUUCAGGUAGAGGAGGCAAAAGCAGAAAGCAUUAAAAAAGAUAAGACUGCUACAGAGAAGUUGCUGCAAGAAACAGUUGAGAAAUAUCAAGCAGAUCUUACUAUUCAGAAGGAAUUUUAUGUUAACGAAUUGAAACUUGCCAAGGAGGCUGAAGCACUAGCCGAGGCACGUGCCAAUAGUGAAGCUCGAAUUGAACUUGAGAGCCGCUUAAAAGAAUCAGGUGAACGGGAAUCCAUGCUGGUUCAAGCUCUUGAGGAGCUGAGGCAGGCUUUGACGAGAACAGAACAACAAGCAGUUGCCAAAGAGGAAAUGCUUCUUCGUGAUAUUGAUGAAAUUCAGAAGCGCUUUCAGGCAAGUGAGCUUCGAUAUAAUGAGUUGAUCACUCAAGUUCCCGAUUCAACCCGGCCACUUUUGAGGCAGAUUGAAGUCAUGCAGGAAACAACUGCUAUAAGAGAGGAGGCUUGGCGGGGAGUUGAAAGAGCUUUAAACUUUCGCGCUCAGGAGGCUGAGGCUAAAGCUGCUGCAGCAGAAGAAAGAGAAAGAGCCAUGAGUGAACAACUAUCUCAAAGUUUAUCACGAAUAACUGUUCUGGAAACCCAGAUUACAUUUCUUAGAACAGAGCAAGGUCAGCUAAGUAGAACACUCGAGAAGGAGAGGCAGAGGUCUGCCGAGAACCGUCAAGAGUAUCUCAUUGCAAAGGAGGAAGCAGCAACUCAGGAAGGUCGUGCCAGCCAGUUUGAAGAUGAAAUAAAGGAGCUUAAGGGUAAGCAUAAAAAGGAGUUGGAAGAAGAAAUAGCACACAGGCAGCUAGUGGAGAAGGAGCUGGAACGGGAGAGAACUACAAGGAUAGAAUUGGAAAAGGUUGCAUCUCGUCAAACUUCAAUGGUUGCAAAUCAAAAUUCUUCACCUAAUUUGAAAAACUCGUAUGCUGAUAAUGGAAAUUUCCCUCAGAGGAAGCUCUCCAGUGCCAAGAGCUUGAUUGAUAUGGAUGAAAGCAUUUUCUUGCAAGCUUCUCUGGACUCAUCUGAAAAAUUUUCCUCAGAGAGGAGAACUUCUGGAGAAUUGACCCUGCCCUCGUACUACUUGAAGAGCAUGACGCCUAGUGCUUUUGAAGCUGCUCUUCGUCAGAAAGAUGGAGAGCUUGCAUCAUAUAUUUCUCGUUUGGCUUCAACAGAAUCCACCCGUGAUUCUUUGGCUGAGGAACUUGUUAAACUGACGCGAGAGUCUGAAAAAUUCAGAACGGAAGCUGCUUUUCUGCCUGGAAUUCGUGCCGAGCUGGAUGCAUUAAGGAGAAGACAUAAUGCUGCUCUAGAACUUAUGGGUGAACGUGAUGAAGAGUUGGAGGAACUGCGGGCUGAUAUCAUUGAUUUAAAAGAGAUGUACCGGGAGCAAAUAGAUCUUCUUGUUAAUAGGAUUCAAAAUUAACCCACAAGAUGGUGUUUAGUGAUCAUCCUGCUUUUCUUAGUGUGAACAUAUUCAUACUUAUGGCAGAAGCUGAGCUUGUUUGGGCUUAACCAGACUGUUAAAAUCAAAGAAAUACUUGGGCCUAUGAUUCCUUUCUAUUAUAAGCUUCUUUACGAUAUUUUUUUUUUUCCUUUUUCUUGUUAAUAUGCUAUUUGAUGUCGCUCAAUAGGACUUCCCUUUCUUGAGUUUAGACCACAGUGGGGGUUCUUUUGCUGCAUAUUGUAAAAACAAAAGCUUUGUUAAAUGAUUCACUUCCUUUGCUGCAUAUUGUAAAACCAAAAGCUUUUGUUAAAUGAUUCACUUGUGGGAAUCAACAUGAUUCUUUCAACUUCAAAGAGCUGUGGGAAUCAAUAAAGUUAUAUAUGUGCUGCACUCAUUUUUCUC